UGCUGAGAGGUUGGAGAGCCGUUUGUAUUUCUCGUGUUUCGGUCUUAUUUCGCUGUUUAAAGCUGGGUUAUUAAUCUUGGCUGAGUUGGGUCUGGUAGAGCUGAGGCUGCGCUGUGGUCAACAAGUGGGAAAUGGAUGCAUGGUAUGCCCACCCUGUCUAUGCUCGCUACUGGCAACAUUACCAGCAGGCGAUGAGCUGGCACCACAGGCACCGGCGGGCAUACAGCAAGGCCUUGCAGGCUGCUUAUGGACCUGCACUGUACCCUGUGUUCCCCACUGUCACGCCCCGCUAUGCAGACUGGCAUGGUGAGGAGAGAGAUGACAGAGCCCAAGGACGAAGGCGGAGGUGGGGCAGAGAGGAAGAGGAAGAGCAAGAUGACCCAGAGAAUGAGGAAGAGUCAGAGAGUUCAGAGGAAAGCGAGAUCGAAUGCAACGUCAGCAACAUGGACAUCUCAGCUGAACUACGGCAGUUCUUCGCUCAGACGGAGCGGCACAGGGAAGAGCUGAAGAAGCAACAGCAGAUGGAGGCAGAGCGGCAGGAAGCUUAUGUGUUGGCUGACCAGGACCUACACAGGGUUUCCUGGCGCAGCGCCCAGCCCCCUGCUGAGCGGCCGGGUGAAAGGAGGAGCGCUGAGAUGAAGAAGCUGUACGGCAAGGAUGCUGCCAAGAUCCAGGGCAUGGAGGCGGCCAUGCAGCUCAACUUUGACCGCAACUGUGACCGCAAGCAGCCCAAGUACUGGCCGGUUAUACCAUUAAACCUUUAGCAGGGACUCAAGCUACAGUCACUUAACCUCUUCCUUCAGGAGUUAAAGGAAUACUCCAGCAAUUUUCAGCCUAAUCAUUAUUUGCCAUAUCUGUAGUGUACAUUUCAUUUAGAUGGAUGUUUUCCUGUAAGCAGAAGACAGAAAAUGCUUAUAAUAGAAGUCAAUGGGCAGCUGCUUCAGCACAGCAAAAGUAUUUGGAAUUAUUGUCCAUGUUAAUUAACCAAUGCAACACAUUAGGUUAAAGCCUGCUGGAGUGUUCUUUUAACUACUGCUCAGUGCUAUUGCUAAGUAGUAGCUGGACAAAAUGUAUGGACAUUUUAAUCCAGUGGUUCAUUGUAGAUACUUGACUCUGUCUCCUAGUUGGUGGCCUUCCAGUUAUAUUUGUUUUCAAACAGUUGUCAGCUUGAGAACGUACAGCUUCAUUUUUACAUAGCAACAUGUUAAAGGAAUACAAACGUAUAUUCUUUGUGCCGCAUAUGUUGCAUUUGAAUGAUUAUCACAGACAAUACAUUUCCUGUAUGUUGGCUUAAAACACAGUUUUGUAGAAGCCAAUGUUUAUCUGACCGUUGAUAGUCCAUAAUUAUUAACCUGUUCUUUGGAGUGAACAGGUUUUCUGUUCUUUUCUAAGUACAGGGGGACAUCAAAACUAUUGCCUUGAGUAAUCAGCCCUGUACUACAGUUGCAGAAGAUAGAAAUUGCAUUGAAAAAUGCUGAAGUGUUCCUUUUAAUAGUAUUCUUUACUGUUGCUGUUGUGCUCCCACAUAAAAUCACAUGUCCUGCAGCAGUAAACUCCCAAACCAUGCGUUUAUAGCCAAGAUGUCGUUCAAGGGCUGCAUCAAGAAGCUAGUUAGCCAAUUCUCCUCCUUUUCACUGAACGUGUCUGUCCUGCUACCUUUUCCAUUUCACACUUUGCUGUUCAUGACUCUGAAUUUUUUUUCUCCUCUAAGUCCAUGAAUGAUGCAGAUGCUGCAGAUCGCAGCACAACUCUUUUUCACGGCACCCAUUCUCACUAACUAGGUCAGUGCCUCCCCCACAUUUUCAUCCCAGUGCAGUUCGUCUGCAUCCUCUGUCCUCCGCAUUUCCUCUGCUGUGAAGAGUUUGGAAUGCUUUUUUUUUUUUUUGGCAGUUUUUACAUGAACACUUUUUGUGUGUGUUUGUAUGGAGAGAGUUUUCAAUUAAAAUGCAUUAGGUUGAAAUUAAAACAUGAUUUGUACAUGUAUUUAUUGUACUUUUCAAAAUAGAUGGAGUUUUAUGCUCUUAUAUCUUACAAGUGUUCCUGGAGCAUAGAGAAACACUUUAGGUUCCUUAAAGUGCCUUUAAAGAUGAUCUUUUAGAAGUUCUGCUCAGUCAUUUAGCAUAUAAACAAAGUCAUUCAGACUGGUUUGAUGUGAAAUGGUUAAUUGUAGAGAAACGUACUGAUUGACUGGUUUAUACGACGGUGACCAGGGGUCACAAUGUCUACAAUGCAAAUAUAGCAAUUUUAUUUACUCUCCAAAGCCACCGGUAACCAUAUGUGUGUCCUCUUCUGGGGGACUAUAUUGCCUUAUGGCGCUGUGCAUGUACUCCUCCAUCAUGAAUGGUGUUUAAAAGAUAUACAUUUUCAGCCUGAAAUGUAUUACAAUCAUUGUAAAUCAGGUAUUGUAUUCUCAGCCAUUUCACAUAAUAAUGUAGCUUUUAGGGUCAUUAAAUGUUGGGCAUCUGCUUCCUUUCACCACUACUGUGAACAAUUCUGACUCAGUACAUUUAUUUAGAAUGGAGCAUUUCACACCAAACCACCUGAACCACAUUUUAAUCUGUGAAGUUCCUCUAAACAUUUGUUUGAAGUUUACUUUAAACAUUUGGUUCUUUCAGACAUUGUUAUUGUACAAGAGAUAUAAAUACAUUGAGUUAUAAUAGAAAAGUUCUACACCAAUUAAACAGAAAUUCUAGCCGAAAACAAUUUGAGGACCUUUUAUUUUAAAAGGGGAAUUCCACUGAUUUCUCAAACCUUUUGCAUAAUUAAUCAUUAAGACGCAAACAUAAUCAUUCAGUGAUUUGAUUUGUGGUGCAUGAUUCUAGAGAAACUACCCAAUUGUUCACAGUAGUGGUGAUAGGAAGUGUAUAAUACUUCCAAGGCCUUGUUCAAACAGAGCUCAAAUCCAAUUUUUCAGCAUAUCCAAUUUGAGCAGGACAGAUUUUGUGCACUCUGAUAUUUCAGUCGGAUUCAAGCCACAUUUGUAGGUGGUUUCUACUCUGAUUCCGAUUUAAUUUCUAGGUGUGUGAUUCAGUUUCAUGGUUUUUUGUCAUUUUUUUGUCAUUUCAUGAUGUCAGAAUGUGCAACAAGAAAGUCAGUGGUAAAUAAGUCACAUAUUACAAUUUAAACAGAGAAGUUUCUAACCAACAUUUAGAUAACAUCUGUUUUCCUUUGUAUGUUGCAGUUUACACUGACUGCUUCAUUAAAGAUUUGAACUUCUAGUCUGUCUCUAAAUAUAAAAUACUGCUGCAGCCAAUAGUUUAUUAAAAGGCUGAUGACCAGGUCCACCUACUCUAAUAUAUUCUGUUCAUGCUGUAGUUAAUAAAAAGUGAAAAUGUG